CGUGAGCUUUCAACGAAAGCUUAAUUGCUGAAACACAAAAUACAGAAAUGCUUUGCAUUUGUGUGUGUUUACUUUUUGAAGAAAAUUUAAAUCCUGCACUGGAUUUCCAAGUUAUCAGAUAAUCCAAAGUAUGAUAUAUAUUAAUAGGUACUCUGUUAAACAAAAAAUAGUAACAAAAGGGUUUGUUACUAGUUCUAUCUUGCAAGACAAAACAGCCCUUCAAAUACUAUUUCUAAAAUAAGUCUUUUUAAAACUAAGUCAGAGUAUUUCAUCUGACUUGAGCAGGACUACUUUCUGAGCAAUGUUGGAGGAACAAGCCUUUCAAAACAUCUUGUCUGUGGGUUUUGAAACCCUUAGCUAAAAGAAAUGAACUUCUGCUGCUGAGCUCUGGAGCAAAUAUCCUCUAGAAAUAAUUGAGAUUUCCACUUCAUGAUAAAGAGAGACUUGAGAAAUGGUUGCGGAAUAUGAAACGAGAUGCAUGGACUCCAAGUAAGCACCAGCUUCUCUGCAGCGAUCAUUUCACCCCUGAUUCCCUUGACGUGCGAUGGGGUAUACGAUACUUGAAACACACUGCUGUACCAACAAUUUUUUCUUCCCCAGAUGAUGAGGAAAAAGACUCUGUUCAGAACACCCCACAAGAGAUAAAGAGACAAGACCUGGAAGAAACAAAUAAAAAUAUGGAGUCAGAGAAGGCAUCUGUACCACUUAGUGCACCUAAGAAAAAUCCUGUAGUUGCAGAAAAUGUAGCUGAAAAAGCAAUAGUUUGCUCAACUGCACUGAGUAAAACUUUACAAAUUCCAGAACUACAACUUCAGAAUGGAGAAGAGUCUCAGGCAAACAGUGUCGUUCUUGGUGAUUCAUCUAGGCAGCAUACACAUGAACCGAAUCCAGUUCUAAUGGCAGCAGCAGUUCCGAGCAUGGAAACCACCAGUAUUCAUACUUCUGUAGAGGAUCCAGUAGGCUGUGCAGCUACAGUCUUGCAAUUUGCAGAGCCUAACUACUUGAAUUCAUCUCUGAAACUGAAAGAUGCUUUAGGUUCAAUUACUGACUAUGCAAUUGAAAAUCCUGACACUCAUGUUGUAGGGUGUUCUGUUGAAGUACAGCCAACAAGUGAAAAUGCAGUUUUACUGAGUACAGUCACACAAACUAUUGAACACUUCAGUGGAAGCGAAGAAUCUGUCAUUGCUAUCAUUGUGCCAGCUGAGAGUCCAGAAGAGUCUAAAAUAGUAAAUAGUUCUUUCCUGCCUAUUAAGCAAGAGUUUCUCGAUGCAGAGGAGACAGAAACAGAUAAACCUGUAUAUAUGAGUGCAUAUGGUGGAAAUGAAGUAUUACAAAUGGAGCAUUCAUACUGUAAACAAGACAUAGACAGAGAUUAUCUUUGGCAAAAAAUUUCAAAGCUCCACUCUAAGAUAACUUUACUUGAAAUGCAGGAGGUAAAAACUUUGGGGAGGCUCAGGUCCUUGGAAGCUCUUAUUGGACAGCUGAAGCAAGAAAACCUGCUUUCUGAAGAAAAGCUUAGAAUUGUAGAAAACUGCUUUACACCACUUGAAGUGACUAUGAUACAGUAAAGGCUUUCAGUGAUUGUGGUUAUGAUGCAGUAAAGGCUUUCAGUGAUUGUUCUAAAAUAUCUUUUUAGCCUCUUUUGACUGUGCUUUUGGACAAAAUAACUUUUGUUUCAGUUAUGCUUUUUUAAACAUGUAAUGCAAAUUCUGUGAAUACCAAUUAUUCUUUAAAAUGUUACAUCAACCACAGCCAAAGCUAGGUUGUAGACUAUUGCCUGUAAAACAUGGCUUGCAAGUAAGCUUUAAUACGAAAUCAAAUCUGUUAAAGUUUUGUUUAAAAGUGUAUUAUUUGAAUCAAUGAAGAGAAGUUGAACUUUUCUAGCUGCAGGCUCCUCUGAAACAUGCAACUCCUGCAUUUGGAGCAGCAGUAGAAUGGACAGAAUAACAAUGUAGGCCGGACAGAUAUAAAACUGUUGUUUAAAAAGAAAGAAAGAAAAGUAUCCCAGUUCUUUUUUAAAUGAGUAAUAAGGUAUGUAAUACACAGUGUGCCAUGAGGCCACAGUUAUGCUUUAAUCUUCUGUUCAUCUAACGUUUGUUCUCAUAGGGGUUUUGUACACUUUGACCUUAUUAAAAUUGUUUCUGCAAUAAAAGGUGUUUCCUUUCA